CACAAGCAACGGCUGAGAAGGUAGCGUCUAGUGUUUGGGUGAUUGCCAGUUAUUAUUUUCCAGGUUUGAUUACUUUAUUGUAGAUUUGUUAAAAUAGUUUCCUGUUAUAUGUAUAGAGGUCAUUUUUAAAAAUGAAUGUGAGUGGAGCUUUACGUGAACAAAAGAGAGAAUCUGAGAACUCUGGCAAACCAGGGAAGAGAAUGCAAGAAUCAGAUGAUGUACAAAGCAUCUCAAAGAAACUCCGAAGAGAUGCUGACAUUAGUUUUAGUGGAUGCACAUCAAAUGAACCCAAAUGUGGUAUCAUAGAAAGAAUAUACAUGCGAAAUUUCAUGUGUCAUUCAUCGAUGGAGAUCUGUCUAAACCCAAGAAUAAAUUUUGUUGUUGGGAGGAAUGGCAGUGGAAAAAGUGCGAUUCUUACUGCUCUUAUAGUUGGUUUGGGAGGCAAAGCAAGUUCUACCAACAGAGGAGCCUCUUUGAAAGAAUUUAUAAAGAAGGGUUCAAAUACUGCUACAAUUGAGAUAACGUUGAGAAAUACAGGUCAUUAUAAUUAUAAGAGAGAAGAAUAUGGUGACCGUAUCAUCGUAUUGAGAAGCAUAAGUAAUUCGACUGCUCAGUGCUACUACAGAGUAAAGACAGGACAAGGUGAAGUAAUUUCCAGCAAAAAAGAAGAACUGGACAGAAUUGUUUCAGCAUUCAACAUACAAAUUGAAAAUCCUGUAACAAUUAUGAAUCAGGAUACUGCACGGACAUUCCUAAACAGCAGCAAUUCUCAUGAGAAGUACAACUUAUUUAUGAAAGCGACGCAACUAGAACAGAUAAAGCAGACAUAUGCAGAGUCCAUGUUGGAUAAACGAACAGCCACUGCCCUUUUAAACUCUAGGAAAGAGGCAAUUAUAGUAGCAGAAAAUAAAGUAACUGAAUUGCAACUCAAAUGGAAGAAGGUGCAGUCACUCGGCAACUACCGGAAAAAGUCGUUGGAGCUGGAAAAUGAGUUGUACUGGGCUGUUGCUGUCUCAGAAGAGAAAGCUGCAGAUAAACUGGAGCAAGAAAUUGAAAGUCGGAGGGCUGAGUAUUCGGAUUUGCAACGUGGUGUUACAAAGGAAAGUGAGCAAGAGCAAAUGCUGCAUCUUCAUUCAAAGAAAGUGGAUCAGCAAAUAAGUGAGAUGAAGCAUAGGUUUGCCGAAUGUGAAGCUGAGUAUAAGGGAAGUAGAGAGGAAGUAAAACGUACCAAAGAAAAUUAUACACAGAAAGAGAGAGAGUGUAAGACUCUUGAGCUGAAAAUUCUUCGAAUAGAGGCCAAUAUUAACGUGCUUCGUCAAGAAAUAGAGAAGGUAGAAGAAAAUUCUGGUGGAGACCGUGUUGCUAGACAGCAGAAAAAUCGUCUUGAAAUUCAGGAACUGGAGAAAAAACUUGCAGAUGUUGCGGUUACACUCAAAACAAACAAACAUCACUAUUCCCAGUUGAAUUCUAAUUUGGAAAAAAUUAAGAGUGAAGAAUUCUCUCUGAGGCAGGAACUUCAAGAGCAGACGAGGAAGAUUGAACAAAAGCAGACAGAAUUACAGGCAUUGAAGAGAGAGAAAGACAAUUCAGUAACGUUAUUCGGUGCUUGGGUGCCACGUGUAUCACAGAAGAUUGAUGAAGCAUUCAAGCAAAGAAAAUUUGGAAAGAUGCCCAAAGGACCUGUUGGUGCAUAUAUAAAAUUGAAAGAUGCUUCUUGGGCGCCAGCACUUGAAUCGUUCCUAGGAUCAUUCUUGAGAUCAUACUGUGUAGAUUCUGCACGUGAUGCUCAAGUACUUAUGCAGAUUUUUAAUGACGUGCUGGGUAAAGAACGUAAACCUGCAAUAAUAACUAGCAGGUUCUUUGAUAAGGUUCACAAUGUCAGUAAGUUUGCAGUAAAAGCAGAUGGCUACUCUAGCAUAUUGGAUUCUGUUGUAGUCCAAGACACAGUUGUUUGCAACUGUCUUAUAGAUCAGUGGGAAGUAGAGAAUAUUCUACUGAUUCCCACCAGCAGAGAGGCCUGUGACACGAUGAGUGAUGCCAGGCGAGUGCCCUUGAACUGCAAACGAGCAGUUACAAAAAAGGGGGAUCUGUUCUAUCCUGACCCAAAUUACAGGAUGUAUUCUGGAAAUGGAAGUACUAGAGCAAAGUACUUCCAAGUUAGCAUGGCAGAUGCUAUUAGUACAGCAGAAGAAGAUCUUAAGGCUUUCCAUUUUCAGAAGAAAGUGGUGGAGAAACAAUUCACUGCGAUUAGGAAACAGUUGAAGGCUAACUAUGAUGAAUUCAAUGUUGCGGGCUCUUCGGUAAGGAAGAUGAGCAAUGAAGAACAUUCUCUCCAGUUGAAGCUCACAAAGUUGAAGGAUAUGGAUGAGCCCAACUUGAAUAGUAUUGAUACUCUUACUGCUGAAUUGGAAGAAUAUGAGACACAAUAUGCUGACAAAUGUAAGCAGCGUGAUACGUUGGAAGCAGAAUGUCAGCUGCUAAAAGAUGAGAUGGACAAAGCUGACCUAAAAUCAUCCCAAAUUCGGGACACCAUAAAAGACAUGCAAACUGAAGAAUGCCCUCUUCUGGCUAAGAGAGAGACCAUGCUGAGUGACUUAAGGGAGAUCUUAUCAAAAAAGAAAUUUCAAGAGGAAAAGUGUAAUGAGUUUCAUAAAAAGAUAUUACAGUUGCAAACUCAACUUCACAGCCAGCAAGAACGUGCUAAGAAGGCUGUAAAUGAUGCAGCAAAAAUUUGCCCAAGAAUUGAUACAGAAAGAAUUCCAGUAGUAGUUGAAAAGGAGUUGAAUGAAUGUAAGAAAUACAUGGAAAGUGUAGAAGAGCAUACUGGAAAACACGAGGAAAUUUGUGUUUCAUACCAUGAGAGGAAAACGAAAUAUGAACAGAUAGUGGAAGACAUGAAGAAUUUAGAGCAAGGGUUAACAUAUCUGGAAGACAUGAUCAAAAUACGUGAGAACACGUUUAACACAAUUCGGAGAUUAAUUGGUUUGCGAGUGCAGCACAUGUUCCAGAGUUUGCUCUACCGGCGCAGAUACACUGGUGCAAUAGUGAUUGAUCACCAAAAACAGACAUUGAAUGUGAAAGUGUCUCCAUCUAAGGAAUGCAGGUCAGUAGGAGACACCAUGACCCUGUCUGGAGGAGAACGUUCGUACGCCACAGUUUCUUUCAUCAUGGCCCUUUGGGAUGCUAUUGAUCCACCUUUCUAUUUCUUGGAUGAAUUUGAUGUCUUUAUGGAUAAAGUGAAUCGUCGAGUGACCAUGGAUUUACUUUUGCAGCAUUCCCGACUGAAAACAAAUUACCAGUUUGUCUUCCUCACCCCGCAAGACACAUAUACCAUUCAGUCUGAUGAAGAUGUUACAAUACACAGGUUGCAAGAUCCAUGCAGGGGUAAUAAUACACAGUGAAGAACAAGGAUAAGUGGUAUUUCGUACACACAGAGCUUGUAUUUUACUUGAAUACAUAUUUGUUAUAAUAUCUAGAUCAAAGGUGUGCAGCCAUUUCAGAGCAGGGGUCACCUGCAGAAUGCGAAGCUCGUAGGGCAAUUGGAAAUUAAGGAGAGUUUUAAAAUAAUUAAUUUUAAUAAAAUGUCAUAUUGCUUGUGUUUUAUCUUGUUAUGUAUGUACACAUUGAUGUAAAAGGAGGCAUCUCUGAAUUAGUUUACAAAUAUUAAUUCAUAAGUUGACCCAGGUGCUUAACUAAGCACCACCCCAUGCAUACAUAUGGGGUAUGGAGGUAUAUCUACAUGCAUUCUUAACCACAGCAUUAUAUGGUUAGCUUCA